CUUGUUUAUUUGUAGGCGCAUUCUCUCCUUUGUAGGUCAUCUUUGUGCAUUCGUGAAUUGGAGACGUCUGUGAGAAUUUUGAUUGAUAUUUGAAUUGCUACUUCAUUUUUCACAUCUUUCUAAUCGUCUGGAUGCAUCGAUUUUCGUUGUUUCGGCAUUCAACAGUGAGGAAUAUCGGCUUAUUAUCAAGGGAGGAUGUCCGUGUCUGUUGCAAUACACUUGCGGAUAAAUGGAGACGAACACCACAACUGUUUGCGGGCCGUAUGAGAGGGUCCCACUGCUCAGCAGCCGAGUACGCCUUCAGGCCGUGUCAGACCCGCUCAGUCUUCACUCUGCCCGGCGCCGACAACAAGAAGCGAGAGUACUCGGAGAGACGCCUUCUCGGGUACUCGAUGGACCAGAUGUACGACAUCGUCUCGCGGGUGGAGGACUACACCACGUUCGUGCCCUACUGCACCGAGUGCACCGUAUUGUCCCGGCGGCCCAGCUUCCUGAAGGCCCACAUGGCCAUCGGGUUCGGCCCCGUGCGCGAGUCGUACGUCUCCAGCGUCACUCUGGCCCGGCCGCACCUCGUCAAGGCCGUCUGCACGGAGGGCCGCAUGUUCAACCACCUACUGACCGAGUGGAAGUUCGCGCCCGGCCUGUCCUCCAACCCGCGCACCUGUACGCUGGACUUUUCCGUCUCCUUCGAGUUCCGUUCGGCUCUUCACUCUAAGUUGGCCAACAUGUUCUUCGACGAGGUGGUGCGGCAUAUGGUGAAGGCGUUUCUCCGAGAGGCUCAGCGACGCUACGGUCAGGAGAGUAUACGCAGUCAAAAGCCCAAGGUGCUGGCCGCUAGUUGAUGCUGGUGGACGCUAGAGCUAGAAAAUGAACACGGCUUGGCUAGUCUACUUGGUAGAUGCUCUGUCCAAACGCUUAUGGUAGACAGGUACGAUCCGGGUCUUUGUGAUUGCGGGCACGUUAGUUUGAUAAAUUAUGUGUUUUAUGGGAAUGUUAAUUGACGUGCCACAGUAUGUUAGGGUGAAUCGGAACACGGAACAUUUCCGUUUUCACCAAACUAUGAUUGAAACGUUCGUGAAAAAUAGUCUUAUUUACUAAAUACGCAUUUUAAUGCAUGUCGCGUAACUGCGGUAGUAAAAUAAGGAAUUGCACAUAACCGUUUGAGCUUAAUUCUAGGUAUUCAAAGAUAAGCAAUGUGCAACGAUGCAAAAGUAUGCAUUGUCAGCAUAUGUAUUACUCGUCCCUGCUCGUACCUAGUUCAAGUUUUAUCCCUAUCCCUCCUGAAGGGAUAGCCAUGAACACGUUGUUGGUAUCGCCGAAGGAUUAGGUUUGUACGAGGGGACAUAAAGCGCGAGCUCUUGAGACAAUAGACUGGUAAGUUUCGGUAAGGAUAAAAGUAAACUCAGCAAUCGAUAUUGAUUCGCAACCUUAGAAGUAGCUCAAUUCUUGUUCAUCAAUCCCCACUUCCACCCUAACCUGUCAACAACGUGCAUUUUUUGUAUUGGACAUUAUCUCAAAACUACAAAUGAGACGGCUCCUUACCGGAAUACAACUGGCGCUGCUUGGUAUUCAGGUAGACUGUUGUAGCACAUUUACCGUCCUGUGUUCCUCAGUGUCCGGUUAUGUGAUGUACCGACCGCGGACGUGUGCUGUGUUACACAGAUGUAGCUCGAGACCCAGUCCCUUCCCCUCGGUGUGUGCUGCGUCGCUGACCCUGUAUAAAACGCUGCUCGGCUGUAACUGGCGUACAAACGGCCGAACGGAUUGUAGAGGCGAGAUGUCCGUGUGAUCCGCAUCAAAACUGAUUCAACUUGUGCUGCUCGACUUUAAGUCAGAUGUGUUACGUUGUGGUCGGUACCUCGGAAGUCGGACGUGGCUAUGCCGAAUGAUUGAUAGAUUGCGGGUUAGACGGCAUCCCCACCCUGCUGUGAGGGUGGCGUUGCCGAAUCAGGGACGUAUCCCAGGCCCCGAAUCGGGACCGUGUACAGGAAAUCUACCAAUUGUGCCGUGCUAUGUGGCGAGCGCUUGUGAUGAGCUGACAACUACAUGAAUACAUGGCGAAAUGAGA